AUGGCGGCCCACUGCCCAGUCAUAGCGACUCAUUUCCGGACCACUUUAAAAUGGCGGCGGCGGGGCGGGGCGGUGCAGGCGGACGUGUUCCUCAUGAUCCGGCGCCACAAAACCACCAUCUUCACCGACGCCAAGGAGUCGAGCACCGUGUUCGAGCUGAAACGCAUCGUCGAGGGUAUCCUCAAGCGGCCGCCCGACGAGCAGCGGCUGUACAAGGAUGACCAGCUCCUGGAGGACGCCAAGACGCUGGGCGAGUGUGGCUUCACCAGUCAGACGGCACGGCCCCAGGCCCCGGCCACGGUGGGGCUGGCCUUCCGGGCAGAUGACACGUUCGAGGCCCUUCGCAUCGAGCCCUUCUCCAGCCCACCUGAGCUGCCGGACGUCAUGAAGCCGCAGGACUCAGGAAGCAGCGCCAACGAACAGGCCGUGCAGUGAGGGCCGGCCAUCCCCUAGCCCCACCUCUCCAAUAAAAGAGAUUUGGGUGUCAGCCUGGGUCCUGCCUCUUUUUUGCACCUCUCCUGGAUGGCGCCCUCUCCCCU